GUGGAUGUGCGGCACGAGGAGAGAGGCAGAGAGAGAGAGAGAUAAGACACACUCGCUUGUCUCUCUGUUCGUCUUCUGGCGGGAAGCUACUCUCUUGCAGAAAAAGCCCUAAGUAGGACAAUUCCCGAGCAAACCCAUACCAUAGCAUUUUCUGGCAAAAUCUCCUUUUUUUUUUGGGUUCUUUCUUCUUCUUCUUCUUCUUCCUCUUCGGGAAAUUGGAAGGAGGGAGGAUGUAUUGGUUGGCAACCAGGAACGUCGUCAUUUCGCUCCCCAAAUGGCGAUCCUUCGCCUUCCUUCUCCGUUCCCGCUCUCGUAGAUUCGCUUCCUUUAAACCCUCGCAUCCUCUACUUAAUAAAGGGUACUCUCAAAGCAUAUACUGUUUCAACGAUCAGAAGGUUCUAAAAGGAACUACGAAGGCUGCUAAGAAAGUUAAGACAUCAGGUGAUGUUCUCAGUGACAAAGAUUUCUCUCAUCUGGUUUGGUGGAAGGAGAGAUUGCAGACAUGCAGGAAACCUUCCACGCUUCAGCUUGUCAAAAGGCUUACGUACACCAAUUUACUUGGUUUGGAUACCAACUUGAAGAAUGGAAGUUUGAAAGAUGGAAACCUCAACUGGGAGAUAUUGCAAUUCAAGUCAAGGUUUCCGCGCGAAGUUUUGCUCUGCAGAGUAGGAGACUUUUAUGAGGCUAUUGGAAUCGAUGCUUGCAUACUCGUUGAAUAUGCUGGUUUGAAUCCAUUUGGUGGUCUCCGUUCAGAUAGUAUUCCAAAGGCUGGCUGCCCUGUGGUGAAUCUUCGACAAACUUUGGAUGACCUGACACGUAAUGGUUAUUCAGUGUGUAUUGUGGAGGAAGUUCAGGGACCAGCACAAGCUCGAGCACGUAAAGGCCGGUUUAUAUCUGGGCAUGCACAUCCAGGAAGUCCUUAUGUCUAUGGGCUUGUUGGUAUUGAUCAUGAUCUUGACUUUCCAGAGCCAAUGCCUGUCAUUGGUGUAUCUCGUUCAGCGAGGGGGUAUUCCAUGAUCUCCGUCUUUGAGACUAUGAAAACAUAUUCUCUGGAUGAUAGUCUAACUGAAGAAGCCUUGGUCACAAAGCUCCGCACCCUUCGAUGUCAUCAUCUUUUCUUGCAUACGUCAUUGAGGAACAAUGCAUCGGGAACAUGUCGUUGGGGAGAAUUCGGUGAGGGGGGCCUACUCUGGGGAGAAUGCAGCAGCAGGCAUUUUGAAUGGUUUGAAGGCGAUCCUCUUCCUGAGCUUUUCACCAGGGUGAAAGAACUUUAUGGUCUCGGCGAUGAAGUUCCCUUUAGGAAUGUCAAUGUACCAUCAGAAAAUAGGCCACAUCCCUUGCAUCUGGGAACGGCUACUCAAAUUGGUGCCGUACCAACUGAAGGAAUACCUUGUUUGUUGAAGGUGUUGCUUCCAUCAACGUGCACUGGUCUACCUUCUUUGUAUGUCCGGGAUCUUCUUCUCAACCCUCCUGCUUAUGAAAUUGCUUUGAAAAUCCAAGAAACAUGCAAGCUCAUGAGCAAAAUUUCAUGCUCAAUUCCGGAGUUUACUUGCGUCUCUUCUGCUAAGCUUGUGAAGCUCCUUGAACAGAGAGAGGCCAACCAUAUCGAGUUCUGUCGAAUUAAAAAUGUGCUUGAUGAAGUACUGCAUAUGUAUAGAUAUCCUGAGCUUGUGGAAAUCCUGAAAUUAUUGAUGGAGCCUACUUGGAUGGCUACUGGUUUGAAGAUUGAUUUUGAGACCUUUGUCAAUGAAUGUCAAUGGGCUUCUGAUACAAUUGAUGAAAUGAUCUCUCUCGAUGAUGACAGUCAUCAGAAUACAAGUCGAUAUGCUAAAAUUCCGAAUGAGUUUUUCUAUGAUAUGGAGUCUUCAUGGAGAGGUAGGGUUAAGAGAAUCCAUAUAGAGGAAGAAAUUGGUCAAGUGGAAGAAUCAGCCGAUGCUUUAUCUUUAGCAGUAACCGAGGAUUUUCACCCUAUAAUCUCAAGAAUCAAGGCUACAACUGCACCACUUGGUGGCCCGAAGGGAGAAAUUGCAUAUGCUAGAGAGCAUGAGUCUGUUUGGUUUAAGGGCAAACGGUUUAUUCCAUCGGUUUGGGCUGGUACUGCGGGGGAAGAACAAAUUAAACAGCUCAGACCUGCUCUAGACUCGAAAGGAAAAAAGGUCGGUGAAGAAUGGUUUACGACUCAAAAAGUGGAAGGAGCUUUAGUCAGGUAUCAUGAAGCUUGUGAAAAAGUAAAAGCUCGGGUGUUAGAAUUGUUGCGGGAUUUAUCCGCUAAACUUCAAACUAGGAUAAACGUCCUCGUGUUUGCAUCUAUGCUUCUGGUCAUUGCAAAGGCUUUAUUUGCACAUGUUAGUGAAGGAAGAAGACGAAAGUGGGUCUUUCCUAUGCUUGUGGGUUCCAAUACACAUGAGGGCGAAAACCCAUUAGACGGUCCAAGCAGGAUGAAGCUAACCGGUUUAUCGCCUUAUUGGUUUGACGUAGCUGCUGGUAGCGCUGUAAGCAAUACCGUUGAUAUGAAAUCCCUGUUUCUCCUGACUGGACCUAACGGUGGUGGCAAAUCGAGUUUACUCAGAUCAAUUUGCGCCGCUGCUUUACUCGGAAUUUGUGGUUUUAUGGUUCCUGCCGAAUCAGCCAUUAUUCCCCACUUCGAUUCUAUCAUGCUUCACAUGAAAUCCUAUGAUAGCCCAGUAGACGGGAAAAGCUCUUUCCAGGUAGAAAUGUCGGAAAUUCGAUCUAUUGUGAAUCAAGCUACUUCGAGAAGCCUUGUCCUUGUCGAUGAGAUAUGCCGAGGAACAGAGACAGCGAAGGGGACAUGUAUUGCCGGUAGUGUUAUUGAGUGUCUUGACAAGGUUGGUUGUCUGGGUAUUGUAUCGACCCAUCUGCAUGGAAUCUUCAAUUUACCUCUUACCGCCAACAAUGUCGUUUACAAAGCAAUGGGAGCCGAGAACGUUGAAGGGAAGACGAUACCGACAUGGAAAUUGACCGAUGGGAUCUGCAGAGAGAGUCUUGCAUUUGAAACCGCUAAGAGAGAAGGCAUUCCUCAGGCAGUCAUCCAAAGAGCCGAAGGGCUUUACCGCUCAGUUUACGCAAAAAACUCGAGUUCUGAAAGGGAUAUAUCUUCUGCCGUGAAUUUGGAAAGAAGUGGCGAGAUUGGCAAUCAGGGCCAGAAGGAAGUCAGUUCGGAGAGAAGCUUGGAGAGAGACUUAGCCGAAGCUGUUGUGACAAUCUGUCGGAAAAAGAUGGUUGAGUUAUGUAAGAAGAAAAACAUAGUGGAACCUGUAGCUAUGGAGUGUCUUGCCAUCGGUGUCCGAGAACUUCCACCUCCAUCCACAGUUGGUUCUUCAUGCGUGUAUGUGAUGGUGAGACCUGAUAAAAGACUUUACAUUGGACAGACGGAUGAUCUUGAAGGAAGAGUACGGUCGCACAGAGCAAAGGAAGGAUUACAGAGCUCGAGCUUCUUGUACAUGGCGGUUCCAGGGAAGAGCAUUGCCUGUCAGCUCGAAACGCUUCUCAUAAACAAACUCCAUGAUCGGGGCUUCCCUCUUUCUAACUUAGCCGAUGGAAAACACCGCAAUUUCGGCACUUCGGACAUCCUCGCUGUCUCUUGACUCUUCUUUCUCAUUGUUGUUCCUGUUGAUUCAUCCGCUGUCUUUUCUCUUCCUCUGUGCAAAGUGUACUAGUCAGUUAGUUUUGGUAGGAUGCGCGUCGCUUGUUUGUCGUUUUCGGAUUCUGCAAACGGCACGCAGUUUUGCCAUUGGAUGCUGCAAAUUUUGCCUCUUUUUUUUUGCAGUCUCCGGUGUAAUGUUGCUCCACUUUGCUAAUUGGUCUAAUCCCUGCGAUUAAGGAAGUUAAUCUUUUCCA